AUGGGUGAAGCGAGAUCGCAACGUCAGCCGCCUCUGGGCGCUGGAAAUCCCGGAGCCACGAAUGAGAAAGCAGAGGCUGCUAGUAGCUCUGGUGAUGAUCCAAUUACCUCCCCCAAACCAAGCUAUAAUAAAUCGUCCGGGGUUGACGCGGCCCUGGAACUUGUCAACAAGACCCGAGACUUGUCAACAGCUCCCCUGGAUCCGGCGCAGGAGAAACGCCUUGUUCGUCGCAUCGACUGCCACAUUAUGCCGCUGAUUUGCGUCGUGUACUUCUUGCAGUACAUUGACAAGACGUCCAUUUCAUACGCCAGCGUAACUGGCAUCCAAGAGGCCACGGGCCUUGUCGGAAACCAGUUCAACUGGGUGGCGUCCAUCUUCUUUUUCGGCCAACUCGCGUUUGAAUUUCCAACCAUUCGGCUCAUUCAACUCUUCCCUCUUGCCAAAUACGCCUCCAUCAAUGUAUUUCUCUGGGGAGUUGUCCUGGCCUGUAUCGCAGCUUGCAAGAAUUACGCUUCUCUACUGGUGUGCCGAUUUUUACUGGGUGUCUUCGAGGCCGCCGUCGUCCCUGCUUGGGUGCUCUUCACUUCACAAUGGUAUACCAAGCAGGAACAGGCUUUUCGAGUCGGCAUUUGGUUCUCCGUCUGCGGAGCAGCCCAGAUGUUCGGCGGAUUCUUCGCCUACGGUGUUGCCAGACAUGUUGGCAGCGACCCGGACGCCGCGCUCCAAGGGUGGCAGAUUAUCUUUUUGUUCCUGGGUCUGCUUACUUCCGUGGUUGGAAUUGCCUUUUACUUUCUGAUCCCCGAUUCUCCCGCCACGGCGAGGUUCUUGACCAUGGAGGACAAGGCAGCCCACAUUCAGCGAAUUCGAAGCAACGAGCAGGGCAUCGGGUCUGACAAGUUCAAAUGGAGUCAGGUCAGGGAAGCUCUGACCGACUCGAUGACUUGGCUGUACUGCUUUUGGAUUUUUGCAGCCAAUAUCCCCAACUCUACCGCUACCAGUUUCGGCAACUUGCUGGUAAAGGGCAUGGGCUACUCUAGCCAGGAGUCUCUUAUCCUCGUCACUCCUCUCGGGGCGUAUGAGAUCGUCGCCUUGUUGGGCCUGACGUGGCUUGCGAUGAAGACCAGACAGCGAAUAUGGUGGUGCAUUGCUGGCCAUGUCCCGGCCAUUAUUGGAGCAAUCUUGAUGGCCACGACAAGUAGAGUUCCCGCGUUAAUCGGGUAUUACUUGACUGGUGGUAUUCCUAUUGGUUGGACAACGAUUCUUGGAUUACAGAGCACAAAUGUGGCGGGUUCAACCAAGAAGGUUACGGUUGCAUGUCUUGGAACCGUUGCCUACACUGUGGGCAACAUCAUUUCGCCUCAGACGUUUCAGAAGAAGGACGCACCGCGAUACCUGCCGGCCAAGAUUUCCAUCUGCAUUAUUUACUUCUUGUGUGUAGUUGAUCUGUAUGCCAUGAGGUGGGUGCUGGCUAGAAGGAACAGAACUCGUGAUCAAGAAAAGGCAGCCGCUGGGGUUUCUUACGUUGUAGAAGAAAACCACGAGUUCUUGGAUUUAACAGACGUCCAAAACAGGGAGUUUAGAUACGAGUUGUAA